CCAUCGAUCCUCUCAAUUCCUCCUCUUAAUUCCGCUUUACCACAAACCUGAACAACCCCGACGUCGCACCCCCCCGAUGAUGAUUGUUGCGCUUGUCCAACAUUGACAGAUAGUCCUACAAAUACCUUUCGGCGCUCCUGUUCAAACUCAUCGCCGAUUCACGAUACCGACGAUACUGGCGAAUACUUGACCCCGACGUAACACGCCCCAUAACAGAUUAGCCGAAAGCCUCGCUUGGUCUUCGCUUGGUCUUCACCAAGCAUCGUCAUCAUGUCUAGUUCUUUUGAGAAGUCUGUGAAGGGUGCCACCAAGAUUAAGGCCGCUCCUCCUAAGACCAAAUAUAUCGAGCAUAUUCUUGUCGCCACACACGCAGGAGAAGCGGGAGUAGGGGAGGUUUUUCGGGCAUUGCAGUUUCGAUUACGCGAUUCGACAUGGACUGUAGUACUCAAGAGCUUGAUAACGAUCCAUUUGAUGAUCAGAGAAGGCUCGCCUGAUGCCACAUUAGCAUAUCUUGCGAAACAUCGAAGCCAACUAGCGAUCGGCUCCUUCACCGAUGCGCAAAUUCAGGGGCGCAAUAUACGACACUAUGCCGGCUACCUCGCGGAACGCGUACGCGCAUACAGAGAUACGAGAGUGGACUGGGUCCGAGCUAAAGAGACGCGACUUGAGAAGCUUUCGGUUGAAAAGGGGUUACUCCGGGAAACAGAGGUGGUUCAACAUCAGCUUACCGCUCUGCUGAAGUGUGAUGUUCUCGAGGACCCCGAGAACGAAAUUACUAUUACCGUGUUCCGACUUUUGGUAUUGGACUUAUUAGCACUGUUCCAGGUACUGAACCAAGCUAUGAUCAACAUCUUAGGGCACUUUUUUGAAAUGUCAAAGCCAGACGCGGAGAGGGCUUUGGAAAUUUAUCAAAAUUUCACUAAACAAACAGAUUAUGUUGUACAAUAUCUUGCUGUGGCGCGACAAUGGGAACCUCAUACUAGAGUCGAAGUUCCCAAGCUGAAGCACGCCCCUAUUAAUCUUAGGCGACAAUUAGAAGAGUAUCUCAAAGAUCCUGAUUUUGAGAUUCACCGGAGGCAGUACUUAGCUGAGCUUGAGGCUAAGAAGAAGGGCGGGUCCGGAUUGUCGUCGAAACCUGACAAGGGCACCGCAGAUUCCAAAGCCACUGCCGCAAAGUCGAAUGGCCCAUCUUCAACUUCAUCCUCAUCCAAGCCGCCACAGGCGACGAGGGGACCAGACCCAGAUCUGAUCGAUUUCUUCGACUCGAUCGAGCAGAACCAAACCCCAAUGGCAGUACAGCCGAACCCUCAACUGCAGAUUGCCCAGGCGAACCUGCCCAUGUCUACAGGAAACCCUUGGCCUUCGAACACGCCCUUUGCAGUACAGCCAACAGGCCAGCUCCAAGACAACGGUUUCGUAUCUCAGCCGACUGGCUUUCAAGCUAAUAAUACCCCUUUCCAGCAACAAAAUCUUGGCGCUUUCUCCCAGCAGCAGCAGGUACCAAACCAGAUACAGCCGAAUUUUACCGGUGCUGGCUUUGGCGGAUAUACGCCUCAACCCUUUUCGCCGGGUAGCCUUCCUCCUAUCCCUCAGAAUUCCGCUCCAUCUUUCCAACCUGGCACUUUAUCGCCGCCUAUGCAGACAGGGCUUCAGCCUGGCCAGCAGAUAACCAAUCCUUUCAGGGCGUCAAUGUUGAUGGCCAAUCCUACUGGAGCACCUAAUAACUCUUUCGCCUCGCCGACUAACCCCCAACCUCAGAAUGGCGGUCUGAGCCGACAAAAUACCAAUCCCUUUGCACGAUCUUCUCCUCAACCUACUACCCCCUUUUCUAAUCCCCCUUCCAGCUCGCCUUUCCAGUCGCAACCCCCAGCAGCACCCAUACAAACAACGGCUACAGGCACCAAUCCAUUUGCUAGAAAUUUCGGGCAACAACAAAUGCAACCUCAGAAUCAGCCUCAGAGUCAGCCACAAAGGCCCCAGACUAGCGCCGGUCUUAUGCCACAACCUACUGGGAGCACAAACCCGUUCCGACAAGGCGCUUUUGUAAACCACCAGACCGGUAUGGGGUGGCAGCAUGGACAGCAGCCGAUAGGCGGGGGUCUGGACCAACUCGAAGCUAUGCCGGUAUUCCCUCGACCUGCUACACAGACACCCUGGCAGCAGUAGGGAAACAACGCGAGUACCUGAUGCAUGUUGGAGGGGAGGGGGGUUUGAUGGCUUUGAAGAUGAAGAUGAGGGCCGAAAUCACGUGCUGGGAUGGUCCCUAAUUUGUCACAGAAACGCAUAGAGCGAGGCGUUACGCUAAGGAUUUCGUGAGAUUUAUUUUCUUUC